UGGUAAAAUUAAAUACUGCAGAUGGCGGCACCUGUAUGUACAUAUGUAUAUAUUUAUGUAGGGGCGUCUCUCUGUAGGUGGCUUCUGACAGCACUUACUGGGUCUGCCAUGGUUCAGGCUGUCUCCAUCUUGUCAUCCACCAUGUACAGCUGUCUGUGUGGACUCUGUCUCUCUGCUCCUGGUUAGAACCAUUAAUCAUUUACAGUCACUUUUCUGGGGAUAUUUGUGACUAGACAUUCAGGAUUUCCUCUGUGUGUAGAAGCAGGUCAGGUGGUCCCUAAAUAAAGACACCGUGUGGUGGGGAGGGACCUGCCGCCUCCUCCUCCCUCCCUCCACCCUCCACAAUCUUUACACUGAAUCUAAACUCCAAACAAUCUCUCACUGCUCUGACAGUCACCGCCACCAUGAGAUCCCUGACUACAGGUUACUGCAAACUCCUCUCUCCGCUCCGCCUGACCGCAGUUUCUUGCAGAUGUUUAUCGAGCAAUGAGCUGAAAAUGCCCCCAUGUGACUUUGUACCAGAAAGAUAUGAGUCUCUUCCCUAUGAACAUGUGGUAGAGGUCCGCAAGAAGAAUUUAUCCGCAGCACUGACAACAUAUUACAGUAAACCCCUCCUGUUGCACCAAGGACACAUGCAGUGGUUAUUCGAUCAUGAGGGACGUCGCUACCUCGAUCUUUUUGGAGGAAUUGUAACUGUUAGUGUCGGACAUUGCCACCCGAAGGUUACAGAAGCAGCUAAGAAGCAGCUCGGUCGUCUCUGGCACACAACCAAUAUUUACCUCCAUUCUCCUCUCCAUGAAUAUGCUGAGAAACUGACCAGUCGGCUACCGGGGAAACUGAAGGUUCUCUACCUGACCAACAGCGGAUCAGAGGCGAAUGACCUUGCAUUGUAUAUGGCAAGACUUUACACUGGAAACUAUGAUGUCAUCAGCUUAAGAAGUGGAUACCAUGGUGCCAGUCCAUAUACACUGGGGGUGACAGCUCUCUCUGCCUAUAAACCUGGUGUGGCCAAUGGUUUUGGAUGUCAUUCGACAAUGUGUCCGGAUGUCUUUCGAGGCAUAUGGGGAGGAAGUCAUUGCAGAGAUUCCCCUGUUCAGACCACACGGACCUGCUCCUGUUCUGCUGGUUCCUGUGAAGCUAAAGAAAGAUAUAUUGAACAGUUAAAGGAUACCCUGGACACUAGCACUGCUAGGAGGAUAGCCGCAUUUAUAGCUGAACCUAUCAUGGGUGUGGGAGGAGCCAUUCAAUAUCCCAAAGGAUUUUUAAAAGAUGCAUAUCAGCUUGUACGAGAAAGAGGCGGGUUGUGUAUAGCGGAUGAGGUCCAGACUGGUUUUGGAAGAACUGGAAGUCAUUAUUGGGGAUUUCAGACACAUGAUGUCAUGCCUGAUAUUGUGAGCAUGGCAAAGGGAAUUGGUAAUGGAUUUCCGAUGGGUGCUGUCGUAACAACGGAAGAGAUUGCCACUUCCUUUGCUCGUUCCCUGCAUUUUAACACCUUUGGCGGGAAUCCUAUGGCAUGUACGGUCGGCUCAGCUGUUCUGGAUGUGAUUGAAGAGGAUGGUCUACAAGACAAUUGUAACACCGUAGGAACCUAUUUGCUGCUGGAACUUUCCAAGCUUCGGGAUAAGUUUGAAAUUGUUGGAGAUGUUCGUGGGAAAGGGUUAAUGAUCGGUGUGGAGCUGGUGACAGAUAAGAAAACCCGACAGCCGCUCCCUGCAGAAAAGCUGAAUGUUAUAUGGGAGAACUGCAGAGACAAUGGGGUGCUAUUGGGAAAAGGAGGACUUUACAAUAACAUAUUCCGUAUUAAGCCUCCAAUGUGCAUCAAGAAGGAAGAUGCAGAUUUUGCGGUGGCGGUGUUAGAGGCUGCAAUAAACAAAUACCUGGAUACAGCGGCCUGAUGAACCAGAAGACAACAAAUCCAGGACUAUAAACUAUUUACUACAGAGAAAAAAAUGAUGAAUCAUCUUAUUAGGUUUAACAAACAUUCUCAUUGUGUCAUUUUACACAUUCUGCCCCUGGGCUAGAUCAUUGGUUGCCAUAGACUGCCAUAACAUGGCUAGAGAAUAAUUCUGUAAUUGUAGAAAAAUGUUAUUAAAUUUUGGAAUAAUUCUUCUUUGCCCGUCCAUAGAGAUAACGCGGGGCACCUGCACUGGUGUGUUUGGUUAUGAAACAUGGCGCAAAUUGAAUGCUACUUUAUUUUAAGAUGCAUGAGAGAGAACAAAGUAACGUAGCAUUCACCCUUUGUAGCAUGCAAAAGCGGAGGUAACAAUCACAUAUAAUCCAAAAUAUGUCUCUCCAAUCAACAGUAAGUAAUGUAAUACAGUCAAUACAACUCCUCCUAA